AUGUCUUCCUUUUGCUCUUUUCUUUGGGGUGUUGCUAUCGGAUCUUCUGUAAUGUACUAAGUAUCUCCUAGAUAUUAUAAUCCCAUAAAAAAGAAUGUGAUUCUCCCAACUUAAUAAGAAUUUAAGAAGUAAGAAUUAGAUGGAUGGAGUAUCUGCGGUACAUUAGGUAAAGGAAUUAAAAAUUCAGUUGUAGAAAUGUGGAAAUAGUAAUAAUGA